AACACGGCGUCACGUGACGUGGACCUCGGGCUGCCUGGAAAACUGGGUGAGCUGCUCCGCUUUAGGAGGCGCGCAAAGCGAGCCGCUGGAGCCCCGGCUGCUUUCGGGCUGCUUCUGCCUUGGAGGAUCCGGAGGUCCGUGGCCUCGACGACGCUGGCCGGGCGCCCCUUGCUGCAUGUAUCCACUAGAGUAGUGUCUCUGAGCCUUAACUAGCAGCUCCGCUGCCAACGGAGACCUCAGUUAUGUCCGCCCAUCUCGCGGGCUGCCGGUGGCGUCCUUUUUCCCUUUGAGUGCUGUUGUGACUCUUCGCAGCUGAAGUCCACAAGGCGCGCCGCGUUGUUUUCUACGCUGUCGGAAUCCGAGGAGGACUUGCUCGUGUUGGGUUCAUCAGGCAUUGCCAGCCUUGGGAUCCGUUUCAGCUCCUCCGUCCCUUCCCUCCUUAAUCUAGAUGGCUUGCAAGGAUGUUAAAACGAUUUCCAUAACGCUGUUGGAAGACGGCAGGUCGAGUUCAAGGGUGAUGGACACUAUUCUACCCAUUCUGUCUCGCCAAGAUGCUGCCAGUGAAUAAUGGUUUUUGUCAAAGAACUUAGGAGAGCUGCUGGAGUGUGCAAUUCUCAAAAGUGCCUUGAAUAAAGUUAGCCACCUUACCAGCAACAUGGUGCUAUCGUUUCUGAAGUGUGUGCAAGAACUUCUGCCCAUCAUCGCCUUGUCUGUAGCCUCUUCCUGGUCUAAUGACUUUCUCUACCAUGACUAUUGUAUUAUUGGGGCUGGCCCUUCAGGCUUGCAGAUGGCCUAUUUCCUUCAACAUGCAGGUCGGAACUACGUUGUCUUUGAACGUAGAAAUACACCAGGGCACUUUUUUACCUUGUAUCCCCGUCAUCGAAAAUUGAUCAGCAUCAAUAAACGUUACACUGGCAAAUCAAAUAGUGAAUUCAACCUUCGCCAUGAUUGGAACUCAUUGCUUAGCCACAAUAACCAACUGCUUUUUCGGCACUACUCUCAGGAUUUCUUCCCUGAUGCUGAUACUAUGGUGCAUUAUCUGGCUGAUUUUGCUUCCAAACUAGCCCUCCAUGUGCACUAUAACACAUCCAUUGUACUUGUGAUGCUGGAAAAAGAUCCCAAGGCUUGGAAUGGUCAUUACUUCAUCCUCAGAGACCAAAAUACUAAGAAUUACAAAUGCAGUGUUCUUUUGGUGGCUACGGGUAUGUGGGUUCCUCACGAAGUGAACUUUCCAGGUUCAGAAUAUGUUGAAGGUUACGAAUCUGUAUCAAUCAAUCCAAAUGAUUUUGCUGGACAGUCUGUAUUGAUCUUGGGUCGGGGAAAUUCUGCCUUUGAAACAGCAGAGAACAUUCUGGGUGUCACCAAUUUUGUACACAUGGUCGGCCGAUCUCGAGUUCGUCUUUCUUGGGCUACUCAUUACGUUGGAGAUCUGAGAGCAAUUAAUAAUGGGCUCUUGGAUACAUACCAGUUGAAGUCUUUGGAUGGACUUAUAGAGGGUGAUCUAGAAGACUUAGUUCUUAUCAAAGACAGAAAAGGAAAGCUGCAUAUCACCCUUCGGUUCUACUUGGAGAACAGCAAUAGCAGUGACCCAGAAUCUGUCACUCUUCCACAGGAUGAAUUAGACAACUUUGCCACUCGUGCACCUUAUGACCGUGCCAUUCGCUGCCUGGGUUGGAAAUUUGACUUUUCCAUAUUCAACAAGUCUGUUGGGUUGAUGCAUGGCAAAGGCAGUAAGAAGAAGUAUCCUUUGAUCAAGCCCAGCUAUGAAGCCAAGGCUACUCGAGGUCUCUUUCUUCUUGGAACUGCAAGCCACUCGGUGGAUUUUAGGAAAUCUGCUGGUGGUUUUAUUCAUGGCUUCCGAUACACAGCCCGUGCAGUUCAUCGCUUACUAGAAGUCCGUCACCACAAAGUGCCCUGGCCAGCCUCCAACUAUCCUGUUGUGCAGUUAACAAAUGCUAUUGUCAGGCGGGUGAAUGAGGCAUCUGGGCUCUAUCAGAUGUUUAGCGUGUUGGCAGACAUCAUUUUGCUGAAAGAGAAUGCUACAAAAUUUGAAUACCUGGAGGAGUAUCCAGUUGGAGUCCUACAAGAUCUGGAAUGGCGCACAGGAAGAAAGGUGCAGAAUGGACUUUUUGUCAUUAUAAUGGAGUAUGGAAAGAACUUUUCUGGUCCUGACAAGGAUGUCUUCUACUAUAACCGUGCAGUAGGAGAGCCAGAGCAUGCUUGGCAGUCUAACUUCCUGCAUCCUGUAAUUUAUUAUUAUAAGCAGCUCCCCACUGAACGUGAAAUGAGACUUUGCCCUCCAGAUUGGCCUUUGCCUCGCCCAGACGCAAUCCAUCACAUUGUGGAAGAUUUCCUGACUGACUGGACUGCACCAAAUGCACAUGUCCUCCCACUGAGACGUUUCUUGGAGAAUUGCCUUGAAACUGACUUGCGCAGAUUCUAUGCAGAGUCCUGUUUUCUGUUUGCCUUCACUCACUUGAGGCUGCCUCCCUUCUGCCAGCAAGGGUACGUGAGAAAGCAAGGGCUUGUGGGAAGUGAAAAGCUUCAGCAUCACAGAGUAGCAGCAGAGCUGAUUGAACAUGCAGCUAUGAAUUCUCAAGAUGAACGAGAGAGUGGCGCUAUGCAAUCCCACAACCAGCUGCUGAAAAGUGGAAAGAUACCCAGUCAUCAGCUGCAGCAUCUUACAGGCACAAAGGAUGAACUUUAGCUUCCACUCAACUAUUUCAAAAUUCACAAGCGUUACAGCCACAAUACCAUGGCAAAGAUCUGCAGAGGAGCUCCAGUGUCCAGUAUUCCUAAUCAUUCCUAGAUGAGGACCACAUCUCAUCCGUACCAUGUUCUUGCACAAAUUUGCAGAUCUUUAUGAACAUGAAUGUUUACUUUCCUGGGUGGGACUGAACAGAUUAGACUUUAAUGUGGGAAAUCUUAUGCAUUUGAGAAGAGUGAUGUCUCUAGGCCAUUAAGAAUGAGUAGCUGAGUCUGGCUCCUUUUCAAGAUGCACUGUUAUUAUUAACAUUAGUGUGUUCUGUAGAACUGGCAUUGAAUGCCAGCCUACUUAUUUCAAGACAGAAUGUUCUUGCAUGUUAACAGAGUAUCACUUCUGUUUGCACUAUGCCCCACUUUAGUUUAGUCAUGUGUUUCCUAUUUUAUGUAUUUUUCAUAUUUUUUAAGGUAAAAAUAGGUUAAGAAUACUGUCUGCACUUUUUUGCACCUUUACCUCCAAUGCAUCGAUUACUCUGACUUCCAUUGAGUUGUGCAUAGCAAACUGGAAAUAAUCAAGCUCAUUUCUUAUUUAUACGUUCUGCUCGAUGGAUAGAGUGAAUGACAUUCACACAUCAUCUUCUGUCUCAGCAGACCACAUAAGAAAGCUUUGUUUUGAUUCCUGGCACACACUGCCUCAAUAUGAUGCCCUCCAGAUUCAUGAACUACAUUUCCCAAAAUUCUCAGCCAGACAUUGUCAUGGCUAAAAAAUUAGGGAAGAAAAAAUCCAGCAAGUCUGAGAGCUAUUAAAUGGGAAAUAGCUGUUCAUGAUGAUAUGAACACUAGCCCAAAUUGCCUAUUGCUGCUAUUAAAUUAGUGGCCAAAAUUUUGGAAACCUUUUGAGGAAAGUGUAUUUUUGAGGUUUGAUGGCUAAUAACACCUUUUUUUUGGGGGGGGGGGGUUUCAAGAUAAUCAUAUUCCACUGCUGGAAUGGCCUGGGAAUAGCCCAGACCUUAACCCAAUUGAAAAUCUAUGGAGCCGACUAAAGAAACUUGUUGGUCAGAAGCGACCCAGCAACAGAACCCAGUUAAUUGAAGCAAUCAUUCAAUCUUGAUUUCAUAUUACAGCUGCAGAACUAAGACUUGGUUCACUCCAUGGGAAGAUGUUGUAAGGCCGUAAUUCAUGCUAAAGGUUAUCCAACUAAAUAUUAACUGAUGUGAGAAUUUUUGUAUAUCUCGUUUUUUCUACGUGUUUCAUUUUUCUUCUUUUACUGUAUCCGCUAUUCUAAUACCAAAUCCUUCAUAAAAGUUAUUGCAUUAUAUUCUUGAUUAAAUUAUCUUUCCAUUGAUAAAUAAUUUUAUGGUGGUAUUCCCCAAAAAAGUGGUGAUAUUAGGUAGUUUUAGAAAAUACACUUUUCCCAAAAGGUUUUCACAAUUUUGGCCACUACUUUAUAUAAUCAGUGUUACAGAAGGAACUAGCUCCAUUACUAAGCCAGAAACUAGUAUAACCCUUGUUUAAUGACACUGAUUCAUACCAAACUACCUCCAUUAUUCUACCAUAUUACAUCUAUCUUCAUUCUUGUCUGUUCUUAUUGUCCAGAUAUUGUUGCUAUUUCCUAAAUAUGCAUGAUCAGUACAGAUAACCUGAAUGGAACAUAAUCCACUCCAGCUCAAGCAUGAAUAUUCAGUGAAUUUAUAUUUUGCAUGGCUGAUACUCAGAUUAAUAUGAAUAUGCAAUUGCUUUGGGAGUUAAGACUGGAUAUUAGUAUGAUUUAUUAAGUAAGGUUUGAGCUGUAUGGUUAUGCAAGGCUUUUUUUCUCCAAAGGUCUGAUUUUGCUACUAUUCCACAGAGAACAGUGAUACCGUAUUCUUCUCAGGCUACCAUAUACUUCAAUCAUUUAAUACCUUUAAAUAUUAAUUAAAGGUAUUUAAUGAAUACAUUUAUUCAUUAAAUAUUCAGACAUUUACAAUAAUUCCAAGGAGGAAAAGGGCAAUUGCAGCUCCUUCAUUUUGAGAAUAUUUGUCUUUUCUAGAACAGUAUUUUUAUUAACUUAAAAUACUUGUCAAAUUAAUAAAAUUAGUGUAAUUUAAUUAUGCAAAUAAUUUGUGUAAAUUUAUACUGUCUGUAUAUUUUGUAUGGUUGUAUUCUUUGGGAUGAAUCUUUUAAAACAUUUUUAUUUUACCAUGAAAACUAAUAGUCGUGUUUAUGAAGUGGGAAAGAUUCAAGAGCCUUUCAACCUUUCAGGAUACAGAUACCAUUCCCAAUUUAUAACUGUAUUUGAGCCCAGAAUUACAGUCAUAAUAAUGAUCAUUAAGUAGGUGACUGCAGGACUAUGCCUGACUUUACAACCUUUUUAGUAGUGGCCAUUAAGCAAACCUGUUCUCAGUAAUGGUUACUUUUUGAUGAAAACUAAAAGUAAAUGCUGGAACCCAGCAAAAUCCACCAAAAAUCACAGUGGAAUGACUAUAGGAUGCUGCAAAUGGCUCUAAAUGUUAGCUGGUUGCCAAGUGCCCAAAUACAAUCAUAGGCCCCGGAGGGGGUCAGCCAUCAGAACUUUGAAAAUGGGUUGUAAAAUGCUUGGGAAGAUCCACUGUUACCUCAGCCAUAGGUAACAAAUGUAGGUAACUACAGCAAAGACUACCUGUAUGUACUAAAAAAAUAAUAUCAACACAG